UGUUAAAGCCGGGAGGGGAAGCAAUCGUCUCUGGGAUUUCUUUUCAUUAACGAGUAUCGGAGGAGGAGCAUUACUUGACAUAAAAGAAAAUGAAAAAUCUUCAUCAAUGGGAUCAAAAGUCUCUGAUCCUAGAGGAAUUGCAGGUUUUGAACUUGCUGUAUGUUCUUAAUGUUUUCUUGAUUAUAUGGGUAGGUUCUUUGUUUUAGUUUCGAAUUUUAAACAAGUUUACAAGUUUUUGAUUGGGUCUGAUCUAUGAGUUUACAAAGUUUGUGUGUGUGGUUACAUAAUUGAUUAGUUAGUUUGUCUGAUGGAUUUAUGCGAAGUCAGUAAGACAAAACGGAAAAGUUAUUGGAGACUUUGGUAAUCUCGUCAACAUUCCAACCGGAAAGGUUAUUAUUCUCUUUCUUGUGUAUUUAUAAUCACACAUUUUCUUGCAACUAAUUUUUUUAAAAAAAUUAAAAAUUAAAAAUGUAUCAUAUAUCCUCAGGAUAUUGCGAGGAAGGCAGAGGUUGUUGUUAUCAUCAGCCCUGAAGAAUGCAAACAACAUGUUACCAAAAGAGGAAGUUUCACAGCAACCCUCUAUUAGUAUGCUGCAAGUGGUGGACUCAAAGAUGUUGUGAAUGGCAACAUUGAUGCUCUUGAUGAUGGUGACAAACUUGCUGUUGUCGAAUACGCUGAUGACAUUUUCAAGUUUUACAAGAGCAUUGAAGAGGAAGGAAGAGACUAUAUGGGAUCACAACCUGAAUUAAACAUCAAGAUGAGAUCCAUCCUCAUUGUAGAUAUGGGUACCUCAUGAGGAAGACAAGGUUGCAAAGGGUGGUCUUGAUAAAAUGACUCUUGUCGAUGUCUGUCUAUAUAACUAUUAGUAAAAAGAACAUUCAUAAUUUUGAUUAAUUGGUUUUGAUUGAAAUAUAAUUUUGUUGACAGGUUGGUCAAAGGUUCUGUUUAAAUCCGAUUAAGAUCUUUGAAGGCAAAAAAAAAAAAAAACUUUUGGAGGUAGUUGGAGGUCCCACCCUUUGCGAGAACCCAUUCUAGGUAUCUCCAAACCAGGUAGUGGCUUCUCACGCCACAUUUUGCUGAUGCACCCCUUUUAAUCAUAUGAAAGUUUCUAAUUGUUUUCAAUUUUGUUCUUCAGAUACGAGCAUUGGAGAAAAGGAACAAAGCUGGAAAUUUUGCAAAGAAAAUAAAGGCAAAAACGAGAAGAAAGAUGCAUGACCUCUCCAACCCAUUAGAACCUGAUGAGUUUGCAGACAUGUGGAAGGAUGAUGAAUGAUAAAGGUCGAUCAAGUCUUUGUUAUUUUUGUCUCUACUGUUCCUUGUUCUUUUUUCUUCUCUCCCUCUUAUGGAUCAAAAUGUGUUCUUCUGUUUUCAUAGAAUUGAUAAUUUCAGUGAGUAAAAAGUUCAUUAUUUUGCAAUAUAAAGUGCUUUUGUAUCUUUAUUGAUGUCUAUUUACAUAAAGAAGUAUGUAAAAAUAAAAUGUAUCAGGACAAAAUAACGACUCAGAGGAUUGAACCAAUUAGAAGAAGAAAUCAACGGGUAUUAGCGAGAGCCCAGUUAGCUUCAGUUCCUCUCCUAGGGAUGGCAUUGAUCUUAGUACAAGCAUCCACUUGGAAGUUUGCUCCACAUAUCACACCUUCGCUGUCAAUCAUCGGCAUUGCCUUCAUGUUGUUCUCGGGAUGUUCAAAACUCUUAAGCCCGAUCUCACUAUGAUACACACUCCCUGCAAAAACCUUAGCCUACGAUAUUGCAGUGGAGCCACUCAGGAUGACGAAUCAACACAUUAAGUUAAGGAACUAAUGUUUGGAUAACGACAAUCCGGAGGUUCAUUACAUUGAGGGGUUAUAUCAGUAUAUUUUCCACUACAAAUCUAUCAAAUGACUCAACCAUCCUUGCCAAUCCGCAGAUGAGAACUAUGACAACGGUACAUAUUUUCAUGAUAUAUUAAUGUUGUGCAGAAACAAUUUUGAAGAGGAAAAAGAAUAUUUGAAUAAGCUGUCUUCGAAAAAUAAUCAAUAUAAAUCAGAUCAAUAAAAAAUAAUACAUACGAACCCGGCGCAAGACCACUAGUAAACAAUAAACGGAAUCUCUAAAACUAUAAAAACGCGGAGCCAAGUAGUCCCUUGCUCGUGCGAGUUCCAAACUUCCGAGCUAUCGUUCUCCGAUUACAAAUAUGAUAACCUGAGACCAUCGCCGGCCUCAGGGACACACUACAGUCUCCGAGAGAGACUAAUCCGCCAUGACGAAAUCGGAAAACUCAACAACUUGUAGCCAUUUUUCUUUCGCAAAGAUCCAACCGUCCGAGGAUGCUGACGCCGAUCCCGAUUCGUACGCCCUCGAGAAAUUCAAGCUCUACGAGACCAGAGCGAGGCUUCAGUGUAACUCUAGUCUCCCAUCCUAAUCAGGCCUCUUUAUGGAUGAGAAAUUUCAUUUCUAGGCUAAGUUUGGAUGCUUGCCUCUCUUGUUUUCUGUUAAACAGAGUGCCUUUUUAUUCUGUAAUUCUUUAUCGCAGUUACUUGAAAAGGGGCGUGAAUGAUUGUGGAAGGGUGGCGAAUGAUGUUGAAACAGAACAACUUGUUUUUUUUGAUGAAGAAGCUGGAUCAUGCAAGGGAAAAAUGACCUCAGUGGUUUAGAUGCGAGGAUCAAUUCCACUCUUGUGGUCGCAAGAGACCUCGAAAUUUAGUCCCAAGCCUGAUAUUUUCUGUGAGAAACUAACGUAACAUGCGCCUGUUAUCUCUAUUAGACGAUUCUAACGUGUGUGUUAUUGAUAUUCCUUUUCCUGGUUGUUUCGUCUCAGUACAGAGUGAGAUUCAGCUCAAGAGCCCCAAUUGGCUGUUUGGUUCGAGAAAGCCUGAAGAAAGUGGCUCUGCCACAAAACCUGGCGCAGACGAUAGUGAGAAAGGUGUGACAUCGAGUGAGAGAGUCAACGAUUUCUGCAACUUAGACUGGCUUUCUGAGCCAAACGAUCAUGAAGAAUAUAUCUUCCAAAGCCAACGGUUGGUAUGGACGUAUGGUGGUACUCUCCUCGGUGACCAAGAUGAAAACAGCGAAAUCUACAGACAUUAUGCUCAAUUCUGUCAGAACUCCGCGGAAGUUCUUUGCAUGAACACAGUCGACGUAAUGGACAUUGAGGAAGAAGAAGAAGAAACUGAGAUGGAAAAGGCUUUAAAUGAAUACGCUCAGAUCGGUAGCAGUCUCGGGAUCAUUCAAACACUGCAAAUACUUCGCCGGAGAUCCUUGUUGGCUAUCCAGAUGGCUCGUCGGAGAUGAUAUUAUCCCAAAGGUCAUUUAAUCACACAACCAAUGAUUUUCCCCCACAAGAACAUAACGUCUCACACCAGAGACGCUUCUCUGUUGGUUGUAUGCUUUACAUGAAAUCUUAUAUUGAGCAUUGUGAAAAAGAAUAUGCUCAUUUAUUUCACUAGAGGUAGAAUAUUGGAACAUCAUACAUAAAUUUGAGGAAUACACAUUCAGGCAAAACUAGUUUCCUUGGCUUCA